AUGUUCUUCACUGCCGCUCUACGAGACGUUACGAAUGGCUCAUCAAAACAAUGGAAAGUUGUAGCAUGGCAUAAGCGUGUCCCGACUGCUGUCUUCCGUCUUCUUUCGUUCCAGUACGGCAGUCGAUUGGCCGCUGGAGACCCCGUUCCUCCCAGAGCCUACUUCGUGCGCACCCGCCAGCAAGCGUUGCGAAAUGUGACUACUCAUAAGGAUGCGAGGGGUACCAAGUGGCAGAUAGAUACGACGCCUAUUGGCACCUGCGUGUUGCCUCCUUUACCAGGCGAGGAGAGCGACGGUAUGCCAGGCUUUCAGAUGCAUGACGCGACUGAGGUCCCUCGGGAUCGUCAAUUACUUCAAAAUAUGAAGGAUGGCGAGCAGCCCAUACGACUCGUGCGCGCAGGUGUUCCACUGCCUAUCGGCUACGUGCUUGUAGAGCAGACAUAUGAGGGGAGAUGGAGAAGCGACUACCACUUCCGACCUACAGUACCCGUGACAAUUGAAAGGUACAAUAGUGCGCUUAGGAGCUGGAUGUACAACUAUUCGGAAGACAUCUCUUACGACCAGCUCCGACAAGAAUUCCGGUCGCCGAAGCGAUGA